AUGCAGCGCGAAGUACCAGGACUUGGUACGGUAAAUGGCAUAGAGUUUGCCGAGUGUCCUAAUGUCGAGCAAUACCGUGGCAUUCCGUAUGGCUCCGUCCCCGCAAGAUUUAGGCAAUCUAAGCUUGUCACAAGCUGGCCAGAUAACAAAUGGGAUGGGACAGUUCAUGGUCCACUUUCUCCGUAUCCCAGGUUCGUCAUUGGAUUCUCCAUUGUGCAGAAGUCAUUGCCUGCUCAGCAUGACUAUUAUAUGGACGAGUUCAAAUGCUUGAACUUGAACAUCACUUGUCCCAAGGGCGACCCUCCGACGAAUGGUUGGCCCGUUACGCGGGGGAAUAUCGUCGGUUCUGGAUCAGAACCAGGUUAUAACAUGGCACCAUUUGUUAAUUACUCGGUUGAGCAGAACUUGCCUGUGGUUGCUGUCACGAUAAAUUAUCGACUUGGAAUUUUUGGAUUUCUUGCCUCGGAGGCCAUCAGGCAGGACAACGAGGCAGCGGGGGAUAAGGGAGUGGGUAACUACGGGCUAAGAGACCAGCUUCUUGCAUUCGAGUGGGUAAAGAAGAACAUCAACGCAUUCGGAGGCGAUCCAGCUGGCAUAACUGCUAUGGGCGAGAGUGCAGGGUCAAUUGACACACAUCUGAAUAUUUCCUCCGAGCUUUUUCCGUCGAGGUUGCCAUUUAACCAAGCCAUCCUACAAUCUGGCGUUGCGCCUCUAACCGUCAGAGGCAUGAAACAUCACCAGGAUUUGUUUGACAAGAUUGCAUCACACUUCCAACUUGAUUUAGCACUUCCUCUAGAUGACCAGAUCAGCCGUUUACGUGAACUUCCUACAGAGGAUCUCAUCAAGUCAUAUAUUGCGACUGGAUCCCCAAUGCCUUCGUGGCAAGCGGCUGUGGAUGGAUAUUACCUCAAGACACUUCCAAAAUUUUCGCAAUUACUAUCGCAGACUUACCAUAGAAGCCUUAAGCGUUUGCUCAUAGGUGAUUGCGAUGCUGAAGGAAUUCUCUGGGUUGAUAAGCUUAAACAGCUCGCGUGGACCUACGAGAAAUUACAAGCCUUGUCAUCAUCAAUCCUCGGAGAAGAGCGGACCACGGAACUUCUGCAAGCUUACGAACUAUCCGCAGAUGCAGCACCAGAGCGCCUUAUUCCUGGCCUUAUCAGACUUCUGACUGACGCAGAGUGGUCCCAGCCAAUUGAAGCUGUAGCACAUUCCUUUGCUAACGGAGAUGUCUUUUAUUACCACUUCAAGGAAGGAAACCCAUUUCCAGGGCCGAAGCAAGACGUGGCCCAUCAUGCCGUCGACCUCCUCUACCCUUUUUUGACAUACAAUGACCAUCUUCCUGAUAAUCUUAAGACGCUCGCUAAGACGAUGGCCAAGCAAUGGUUGGCUUUCAUCAAUGGCGGCCAACCUUGGAAACCGUAUGAUCAAAAGCUUUCAGGAGCUGCGACGGUCAUGGUAUUUGGAAACGGUGGUCGAGCUACGGAAGCCUUGGAGUCAGAAAAGCCGGGGUACGAAACCCUUCGACUUGUCGAGAGGCUACAGGGUGGCAUUUCCGAUCUGGCUGCGAAGAUUCGCGGUGAGGAUAUUAUUUUGGAUUAG